AGUGAAGGCAGUCAUCAACAACAAUUGCAAAAUGGCUGAACGGGAAAGGAAAGUUUCUGAUGACAAUUCGUCUUCUGCCUGUACAAAUACAAGCGGGGAUACGGCUAGCAAGUUCGAUCGCGUAGUUCUUCUCCAUUUCUUCAUCGUGUUUGUAUCGAGCUUUGCACUUGGUUUAUUGUUCCUUCAUUCAUCACUAACGUUCUGGAGAUUACAGAUUUAUGAAGAGAGUGGAUUUUUUGAUAACACCUUGGAUGCCAGCAGUCAUUAUAUUCCAAAAGGUGAUAUCGUCAAUGUUGUUACCUACAAUGCAAACUCAAGCUUUUCAUUGAUGAGAUGACAUUCCUAAACAAAAUGGCUGAGAUUGAAUAACGACAACCAAAGUUCUACAAAACACAAGGAUUGUAACCUAGAAACCAAUGGAAUAGACAACUGUUAAAUCACAGGAAAGAAGUCAGAUCCUGCUCUUUAUAAAGUUACAAACACACCAGCAAACUUGAAGGAUAUUGCCGACACCAAGAGUACGUAAUGUAGAACUGGCACCUUUGUGUUAAAGGUUUCUUUGCCCAGGGGCAAAGGAGAAAAAUAUUGUUCCCUGAAUGAUUAUCAUGGGCUGAAAAUGUUUACCAGUCAUUUUGUACCCACAGAUGCUUCAUACUCAGUGGAUUAGUGUCCAGCUUGGACCACUGAUACUUAGUCAGUUUGGUCUUUUUGUACCCAUAUUUAUUUAAGUAUGUGUUCCAUGUUAGAUAUGUGAAAAGAAAAGUGGGUUUCCCAUGUUAAGUAUCAGCAUCAUUUGUGUUAAAUAAGUUUUGUUAAUGUAGUGUUCAUUUUAAAUAUGCAAAUACCCCAAAUUUAAGGCCUGGAAACAAAACUGUAGAAUCUGGUCUUGUUAUUGCUAAGAAGUUCACAAGUACUCAACAGAAAUUUAUCUGUUUUACGGGCUUGACUCUUUAAUAACUAAUCGUAUGCAAUAAGUGACAUCUUUUCAUGUGCUUAUGCAUGUUCCCAUACCCAUAUUUUGUGAGAUGUUUUGGGUUGUGAUCAUCACUGAAUGUUGGAAUGGGUAUGAAUUGUCCAGUAGAUCCAUGGGAAUUGACACAAAGUGGGAAUGAAUUGUCCAGAUUUACAUGUGAAUUGACAGAGUACAAAAUGUCUGUGGGUGUAAUACCACGCACACUUAACAUCGUCAGUGAAAACCAGCCUAAAUGCAAUGAGGCUUAAAUAUUAUUUAGUAAGCUCAAGAACAGGUGUAUAAUGUCGCACAUUUAAUAUAAAGUGGGAGUGACAUCCUGCAAAAAUGUUAAAAAGUAUUUUAAACCUUAAAUUACUAGAGCAUAAAUUUUUUUUCCCCAACAUACAAGUCACACCAGUGUGAGGCCAAGAUUGCUGCUUGAAAAAUGGUGCAUUUGAUACUGACAUUUCAUGUAAUUCCAAUAUAUUUUGCCUCGUUUGAACAGUACAAGCACUAUUGCUGUGCACUAUGCUGUUUGUCCGGAAAAAAGAAACACUGGUUAACCAAACCUGACAAGUAUUUGAAACAUUUAUUUAUAGUGUAAUAAGUAGCUAGUGGUCAUGUAAAUGACAGUUAAUUUUGAGUGAUCGUAAGAUAAAUUCAAAUGAAUAAGUUUUGUCAUAAACUGCUGCCUGCAGCCGUUCAAUGAUGUAUUGUAAAUUGAUACAGCAAUUGUAUCAUGUAGAGAAAUUCAAGCGUUAAGAUUUUUGGGGGUGAUUCAGUUGUAAUAAUAAAAACAACACAUUUUUCCAUGAUUA